AUGGUCUCCUCAGUAUCGCUUUGCUGGCGGACCGCGAGCAACCUCACCAGGACUUCACCUCAGUCCCGCCUCCUCGCACGAACAUUCGCCUCCUCCUCCCGCCGCAAUGAAAUCAACAAAAUCGUCCCUUCGGCCGAAGAAGCCCUCAAAGACAUGCAAGGCGACUCGACGCUCCUCUGCGGAGGCUUCGGACUAUGCGGAGUCCCAGACACGCUGAUCAACCAAGUCGAGAAAAUGCCCAAUAUCAGAAACCUCACGGCCGUGUCGAAUAACGCCGGCGUGCCUGGAUCCGGGCUGGGCAAGCUUCUGGGCACGAAGCAGGUCAAGAAGAUGAUUGCGAGUUAUGUGGGGGAGAAUAAGGUGUUUGAGAGCAUGUAUCUCAACGGGGAGAUUGAGCUGGAGCUCACGCCGCAGGGGACUUUGGCGGAGAGGUGCUCUGCUGGCGGACGAGGGAUACCUGCGUUCUACACACCAGCUGGAUACGGGACCGUCGUCCAGACGGGUGAACUGCCCCUUCGCUACCGCAGUUCGGGCUCUGUCGCGCAAUACACCACGCCCAAAGACGUCAAAGUCUUCAACGGCAAAUCCUACGUCCUAGAGGAAUCCAUCAAGGGCGACUACGCCUUCGUCAAAGCCUGGAAAGCCGACCGCCUAGGCAACUGCAUGUUCCGCUUCGCGGCCGCCAACUUCAACGGCGCCAUGGCGCGCAACGCCAAAGUCACCAUCGUCGAGGCCGAGCACCUCGUCGAACCCGGCGAGAUCGACCCGGCCGCCGUGCACGUCCCGGGGAUCUACGUGACGAAAGUCAUCCAGGCGACCGCGGACAAGAACAUCGAAAAAGUCGUCAACGCGAAGAGUCCCGAGGAGUUGAAGGCCGGCGCCCUGGGAUCCGGCGAUGCGGCGGGUAAACGCGAGCGGAUCGUGCGUCGUGCUGCGAAGGAGUUCAAGAAUGGCCAGUACGCUAAUCUAGGCAUUGGCAUGCCCAUGCUCGCGCCGACGUUCGUGGACCCCUCCGUGGAAGUCCAGCUGCAAUCUGAGAAUGGAAUUCUUGGAUUAGGUCCUUAUCCCCAGAAAGGCCGCGAAGACCCGGAUCUCAUCAAUGCCGGCAAAGAAACCGUCACGCUCCGCCCAGGAGCCGCAUGUUUCGGCUCAGAAGAGUCGUUCGGUAUGAUCCGGUCCGGACGGAUUGAUCUCACCAUCUUGGGGGCUAUGCAAGUCAGCGCGAAGGGUGAUUUAGCGAACUGGAUGGUACCAGGCGUGAAAAUGAAGGGAUUCGGCGGGGCAAUGGACCUCGUGAGUAACCCAGACAAAACGAAGGUGGUGGUGACGAUGGAGCAUACGGAUAAAAAGGGGCGGGCGAAGAUUCUGAAUCAGUGCGCGUUUCCGUUGACGGGGAAGGCGUGUGUGAGUAGGAUUAUUACGGAGUUGGCUGUGUUUGAUGUCGACUUCACGGAUGGUCUAACGCUCAUCGAACACGCUGAGGGCGUGACGGUUGAUGAGAUCAAGUCCAAGACUGAGGCGCCGUUCAAGGUCUCUGAGGAGUUGAAGGUCAUGCAGCAGUAA